AUGGGUUCAGGAUACACCAACGGCGACAGUGCAAUGCUUCCGCUCAUCAUCAAUAAUGAGUCGGUACACACAGACAACGUGAUAGAGGUGCAUAACCCAGCAACCGGCGAACACCUCCGCCGUUGCGCCGCCGCAUCCGUUGACGAUGCAAACCGCGCUGUGGCGGCUGCGAAGGCCGCCUUUCCUAUAUGGAGCAAGACGCACCCGUACGAGCGCCGGGCGAUUCUAAGCAAGGCUGCUGAUAUCAUGUUCUCACGGAAAGAAGAGUUCAUCAAGACCCAAAUUGAGGAGACAGGAGCCGGGCAGCUGUUCGUGGAGAAGACAUUCAUGGCCAGCGUUUCGUUUUUGAGAGAUUUCGCAGGGAUGAUUCCUGCGAUUGAAGGCAAGGCGCCCAUUGUGGCUGAUGAAGGACAGAGCGCGUUGGUGAUCAAGCAGCCAUAUGGCGUUGUUCUAGGCAUUGCGCCUUGGAACGCGCCUUUUAUCCUCGGUACCCGUUCGAUUGCUCUUCCUCUAGCCGCCGGCAAUACGACGAUCCUCAAAGGCUCCGAGCUGUCACCAAAAUGUUUCUGGCUGAUUGGUGAUGUUCUCCGCGAAGCUGGACUUCCCGCGGGCUGCUUGAACGUUAUCUACCACCGAACCUCGGAUGCCCCCGCAGUCACCAAUGCGCUCAUUGCACACCCGGAUGUGCGCAAGAUUAGCUUCACGGGAAGCACUCUUGUCGGCUCAAUCAUCGCAUCCACCGCUGGAAAGUACAUCAAGCCAGUCCUACUUGAGCUGGGUGGUAAAGCUUCAGCGAUCGUUCUGGAUGAUGCCAAUCUUGAGAAGGCUGCAAUGGGCUGUACAUUGGGAGCUUUCUUGAACUCCGGGCAAAUUUGCAUGUCGACAGAGCGCAUCGUAGUGCAACGCUCCAUUGCAGAGAAAUUCCAGGAGUUACUGGUUGAGACAUCGGAGAAGAUCUUUGGCAAGAAUGCUCCGGCGCCCGUUCUUGUGGCCGCCGCCGCCGUCAAGAAGAACAAAGGCUUGGUGGUCGAUGCACUCGAAAAGGGUGGCAACGUCGUGUUUGGCGACCCUAACGGAAGCGAGUCGUGUGCCAACUCCCUGCGCCCCCUUAUCGUCGGAGGCGUUACUAAGGAAAUGGACCUCUACGCCACAGAGUCCUUCGGACCGACAGUGUCUCUCAUCGUCGUUGACAGUGAGGAGGAAGCCAUCGAGCUGGCCAACGACACAGAAUAUGGCCUCACAUCGGCAGUGUUCACGGGCAAUUUGUUCCGCGGUCUGAGGGUGGCCAAACAGAUCGAAGCUGGAGCUGUUCAUAUCAACUCAAUGACGGUUCACGAUGAGCCAACUCUGCCUCACGGCGGAUGGAAGAGCAGUGGAUUCGGCCGGUUUGGCGGCACCACUGGUUAUGACGAAUGGCUGCAAACCAAAACAAUUACCUGGCAAGAGUAA